GCUGUGAGAAGUACACAUGGACUUGAAGUUCCUCUCUCUCAAGAUGGAGAACUACUCGUUACAAAUAAGUACAUAGAAAAACUCAUUGAAAUCGCCAACACAAAGAUCCAAGAAAAUUUCUUAAAAAUAGACAGAUUCUACCAGAACAUCAUUUCACUGAUAGAAACAUUAAAACAUGAUCAUAUUAGUGCAAAUGUAGUAAAUAAACCAAAUAUGAUUAAAACGAAAAGAAAGAAGUGUGAGAAAAUGGAAAGCAGACAAAGUGAUGAACAGGAAAAAGUUUUUUCUGUAAAGAAAAAUUUACAAUCUGAAGAGUCAAGUGAAAAUAUCUGUGAAGAUUUGUCACAAUGUUCACUCUUUGAAAGUGUGACUUGAGGGAACAAAAAGUUGCAAUAAAGAUUAGUUAGUAAGUAAAAUUUGUCUAUAUAUUAUUAUUCAUACCAGAAGUUGAUAAUUUUGAAGAAUAUCAUUCUUAUGUUGACUUUGAAAAUAGUUGAAACUGAAUGAGCAUUAAUUGUGAGUGUUCAUGAAUGUUCCAAUUUAUUUAAGUUAAGUAUGAAAAACUCAGAAAAACAAUUGAUCAGGCAUUUUUUUAAUGAGUGCUAUAGAGUGCAAAAGUAGAUCAAAGUCUUCUGUUUUGCUUUCUUUUCCCUUCUGGUUUUCCAAAUAUGCAGAAUGUAUGUCAAAAGAAUUUAUGUUCAUUUGCAUUUUAACUCUGUAUUCAAAUGCAGCUGGCUUUCAUUAGCAUGAUGUACUGAAAAAGUCUCAAUAUAACACAUUAGUCACUGAGUUAGGCUUAAAUAUUUACCUCUCUACCACAUGGAAGAGAAGUAAGAAAGAAGACAUGUUUAUGAAUUGAUUCUUAGCAAGGCUGUGCCAACAGAUACAUGAAUAUUUGUAUUAUUGAACCUCUUAAAGUCAGAUGUUCUCUAUAUGUAUUGUAUGAAAUAUUCUGAACUUGUACUUGAGAAACGGCACCUAAUCAAUGUUUACUAUUGACGUUGCAAAGAUUAAAGUAAAAGCCUUUUUACCAGAAUAAUGGUCCAAGUUCAGUGAUCUUCAUGUACUUUGAACCUGUAUCAAGGAGUCAGAAUCAAUUGUAUUUCAUGUUUGUGAUAAAAGACAUGAAAAUACAAAUAAAUUCUUGAAUUUAGAA